AUGGAUGAUCCGUUUCGGGACCAUGAUCGGAACCCCUCGUCGCUGCGGAUGGAAAUAGAGGAUCGUAUUCGGACAAGGCUCCAUGGCUUCUAUUUCGCUGCCAGCGACACGAUUCUGGGGAGCAAACACAAUGACAAAGCCCUGCUGCAGGAGCUGUGCCCAGAUGAUUCCGGGAACAAUAUCACUUCGGACGUAAUCAACUACAUCCUCAGAACCCUGGUAGCGUGCGGCCGGCAGUGGCACAUGCUGGACGCCCUUGACCCAUUGCGAUUCUGGAAAUCGGUAACCAGUAUGGGUGAAAAGAACUCGAAUGUCCGCAUUGGGCCCAUGUAUACCAGAAACCUCAUAACGGCCCUAGUAAGAGCACGUCAACGGUAUAUUCUGCGCCAGGGUGCCAUCUAUCCCAACUUUCGCGUGGAAGACGAUCUCAAGCCUGGCAGUGACACGGCUGCACAGGCGCUGCUCGAACGCAUUAUGGGUUUGGGUGAUCCAACUCAGUUCUCUGGCGAUAUUUUCAUGAACCCACUUUGUAGCGAUUUGGAGAAGCGAGACUUGCUAAAGCAUGCUGUACAGUACGGCCCAGUCAAACAGAUCUCCAGCAAGAGGAAAGCUUGGCGACAUCACGUCGCCAAAAACAGUCCCUGCGAAGCGGACAAUUACACCAACCCGACGUCAUGA